CAUCUACUAUUUUAUUUAAUAUAAAAAUAUAUAUAUAUAUAUGAAUUGAUUGCAAUAAAACGGUUCAAAAAUCAUUUCUAACAUCUAAAUCAAUUCGAACCGAUUAAUUUUGCUAUGAGUGUGAUUUUAUCAAUGUUAACAUGUCAAACUAGUAAAAUAUUGCAAUUAAUGAUUACAAGCGGAACUUCAAAUUCAAGUGUAUUAAAUCAAUCGAUUCGGAUCAUUUUGAAUUUAUAGAGAGUAUACCUUUCAAAAUGCCUGUCUCAACUGUUGAAUUUGCUGUACAAAUGUCUGGGCCAGGAUGUGCGGAAAAAGUAAAACAGAGCCUAAACAGUGUUGGAACCGUGAAUAUUGACAUACCGAGCGGGCGUGUUGUGGUUGAUUCCGACAUGCCAUGGAUCGAAAUUCAAGAGAAAAUUGAAGAAACCGGACGACGAGCUGUUUUAUCCGGCUUUGGCGAAAAAUCAGCAGUAGCUAUUGUAAAAGAUGUCGAUGAUAAAAUCAAAGGAGUUGUUCGAUUUUCAUCAACACCAGAUGACGCACACACUAGUGGCUGUGUUGUUGACGGUGUCAUAGACGGUUUGACACCGGGUCAACAUGGACUUCAUAUUCAUGAAUGUGGUGAUAUAUCAAAUGGAUGUGAAAGUCUUGGUAAACAUUAUAAUCCAAGAAACACACGACACGGCAGUCCCGACAAUAGCAUUGAUCAAAGGCAUGCGGGAGAUUUGGGAAAUAUUGAAGCCGAUAAUGGUGGCAGAGCUAAAUUUAGAUUCGCCGAUAAACUGCUCACCGUAAAUGAAAUUAUUGGCAGAUCAAUUGUGGUUACUGAACGCGCUGACGAUUUUGGACUUGGAAAUGCGGAAAAUUCAUUGAUCGAUGGUGAUUCUGGUAAAAGAUUAGCGUGUGGCAUUAUCGCCAGAUCGGCCGGAAUUUUUCAAAAUUUUAAAAAGAUUUGUGCUUGUGAUGGUGUUACAAUAUGGGAUGAACGUGAUAAGCCGGUGGCGGGCGGGAAUCGCAGUAGUCAGUAAAGAACCGUAUACAACGGUGCAAUUGUGAAAUAAUGGAAUUUAAUUACUUUAAGUAAACCUACCUCUAUCAAUGGAUUAUAUAUAUAUAGUUUUCUAAAAACUGAACAUUUUUGUUACAAAUUGAAGGGUAUAAAAUAAUAAAAAUGUGUAUUAUAAAUUACGA